AUGCGAGAUCGGGCUGGGCGGCCGGCCCAAGGGCGCAACUUCCCGCCUCCGCGCCCCGUUGGCCCCCGCGCCGUCGGAGCUCGCGCUGAGCCGCGCCCCAGGGAGCGCGCCAUGGCCUCGCCGGUGACCACCUCGCUCCUGCCGCUGGCCCUGCUGCUCCACGCCGGCGCAGCCCUCGGGAGGAGCCCGUUCCGGAUGUCGCCGCGGGAGGUGACCGGGCAACUGGGCCAGCAGGUGGAACUGCGCUGCGAGGUGCUGCUGCCCAGCUCGGAGGUGGGCUGCUCGUGGCUCUACCAGCCGCGUGGCGCCGCCGUCAGCCCCACCUUCCUCCUGUACGUCUCCCAAACCCGGAUCAAGACGGCCGAGGGGCUGGACGGCAAGCAGUUCUUGGGCCGGCGGGUCCAGAAAGACGUCUUCAGCCUCACCCUAAGCCGCUUACGCGAGGAGGACCAAGGCUACUAUUUCUGCUCCGUCCUGGCCAACUCCGUGCUAUACUUCAGCCCUUUCGUGCCCGUCUUCCUGCCAGCGAAGCCCACCACCACGCCGGCGCCGCGACCACCCACGCCGGUGCCCACCACCGCGUCGCAGGCCCCGUCCCGGCGCCCAGAUGCGUGCCGGCCCGCGGCGGGCGGCCCAGUGGACAAGAGGGGGCUGGACUUCGCCUGUGACAUCUACAUCUGGGCGCCUUUGGCAGGGACCUGCGCGGUCCUUCUCCUGUCACUGGUCAUCACCGUCGUGUGCAACCACAGGAACCGGAGGCGCGUUUGCAAAUGUCCCAGGCCCGUGGUGAGACCAGGAGCCAAGCCUAACCUUUCAGAGAGAUACAUCUAACACAGCAACCAGCCCUGUGCGACAGCCACUACACGACAUCAAACUGAAACUGAGCUCUCUCCUUAAGAGGAGGAUAAGUCCUUCCCUUUUGGUUUUUCCAGCCUUCCUUCCUUCUGUAUCCAUUCUUGUUUUCAUUAAUUUAGUGAUGGUGGGGUGGGAAGGGUUCCUUUUUCUUUAUGUUUACUUUAAUUGAUGCAAAAAGAAAACCAUGCAAUGUCUAUGGUACACCGCAUGGGUCACAAUACUGUUGUGCACACACAUUGGGGUAAAGGGCGGAAAGGGGCAGGCCAUUGCUCCCCCCCAGAGCUGUGUUCUCAGAACCAGGCUGAUAGAGCUGGAGGCAGCCUCAGCACCCAUUUGGUCUAACCCCACCCAUUUUGCAAAGGAGGAAGCAGAAGCCCAGAGAUGGGAGUAGCUUGCUCAGUCACACAGCAAGUCGGGGUUGGAGCCAGAGCUGAAAGAACCCUCAUCUCCCAGCUCAGGACUCUUUCCUGCACACCAGUCAGGUCUUUCUUCCGGAGGUCUCUGUCUCAGGGUGGGGUGCUUGUGUCUCAGACAGCAAGGGAUAAGUAUUUCCUGAGCACCCGUGAUAUACCCCCUCCUGUGCCCAGAGCCUACAGGAGAUAAUGAAAUAGAGAAUUUCUGCUUUCACAGCGUUCUAUAAAUGUAGUUGAACAGUAUAAGACCCUUUAAUAAUCAAGCAUAAAGUUGUAUAGAAAGUGAGAAUUCCCAAAAUAAAGUGAAGGGGUGAACUGAAUCCUGGAAAAUGAAUCCCUCCAUCUCUAAAGAAAAUCUCUGUGAAAUCCCUAUGGGGAGGCAAAAUUGCUAUCCCAGCCCUUGCACUGCAGAGGGACCCAUGAAACGGGCAGCCCCCUUGUAGAUAUGAUUGAGCAUCAGUAAAGUUGAAAGGAGAUCUUUCUUUCUGAUUAUUUUCUAUGCAUAUAUGUAAAAUAUAUACCUUCUUUGUUAAAAAUGGGAUUGUACUAUGCUUUUAUAAGUGGCCUUAAUAAACAUUUAUGGCAUCUUUUAAUGGCUAAAUAG